GUUCGGUUGAGGCGGCAGCAGCAUCAGUGUGGACUCUGAGGGGCGAAACAAGGCGAAAACACUGACCGACUUUAAGAAGAAACUGCAGCCUUAAAACUGGACGCGCUGGACACGGACAUAGUCAUCUCUUCAUAUACGGAGCUCUCAUCGCCAGCUGCCCUUUGUGGCCUACGUUUCUAGUCCCCAAUGCCGGAGAUGGCUCAGCGGAGCGGGCAGGAGGACCCGGAGCGGUACCUCUUUGUGGACCGGGCCGUAGUCUAUAAUCCGGCCACGCAAGCCGACUGGACCGCCAAGAAGCUGGUGUGGGUUCCGUCCGAGAGGCAUGGGUUCGAGGCGGCCAGCAUUCGGGAGGAGCGAGGUGAGGAGGUCCUGGUGGAGCUCGCCGAGAACGGCAAGAAAGCUCUGGUGAACAAAGACGACAUCCAGAAGAUGAACCCACCCAAGUUCAGUAAGGUGGAGGACAUGGCCGAGCUCACCUGCCUCAAUGAGGCGUCGGUUCUCCACAACCUGAAGGACCGCUACUACUCCGGACUCAUCUACACAUAUUCUGGACUCUUCUGUGUGGUGAUAAACCCGUACAAAAACCUGCCCAUUUACUCAGAAAACAUCAUCGAGAUGUACCGCGGAAAAAAGAGACACGAAAUGCCACCGCACAUCUAUGCUAUCUCGGAAUCGGCAUACAGGUGCAUGCUGCAAGAUCGUGAGGACCAGUCCAUCCUGUGCACAGGUGAAUCUGGAGCAGGAAAAACCGAAAACACUAAAAAAGUCAUUCAGUACCUGGCACACGUCGCUUCCUCGCACAAAGGAAGGAAGGAUCACAACAUUCCUCCAGAGUCUCCUAAAGCUGUCAAACUCCAGAGUGUCUCCCUGCUGUAUGGUGAGUUGGAGAGACAGCUCCUGCAGGCUAAUCCCAUCCUGGAGUCAUUCGGUAAUGCCAAGACGGUGAAGAACGACAACUCGUCACGUUUUGGGAAGUUUAUCCGGAUCAACUUUGACGUGACUGGGUACAUUGUGGGGGCCAACAUCGAGACCUAUCUCCUGGAGAAGUCCAGAGCUAUUCGUCAGGCCAAAGACGAGAGAACUUUCCACAUCUUCUACCAGCUGCUGGCUGGAGCAGGAGAACAUCUGAGAUCUGAUCUCCUGCUGGAGGGCUUCAAUAAUUAUCGCUUCCUCUCCAACGGAAACAUUCCCAUUCCUGGCCAACAGGACAAAGACAACUUCCAGGAGACCAUGGAGGCCAUGCACAUCAUGAGCUUCUCCCAUGAAGAGAUCCUAUCCAUGCUGAAGGUGGUAUCAGCUGUGAUGCAGUUUGGCAACAUCGUGUUCAAGAAGGAGAGAAACACAGACCAGGCCUCUAUGCCUGAGAACACCGCUGCGCAAAAGUUGUGUCACCUAUUGGGGAUGAAUGUGAUGGAGUUCACUCGUGCCAUCUUGACCCCAAGAAUUAAAGUGGGACGAGACUACGUUCAGAAAGCACAAACUAAAGAACAGGCUGACUUUGCGGUUGAAGCUCUGGCCAAAGCGACAUACGAGCGUCUUUUCCGCUGGCUCGUCCACCGAAUAAACAAAGCUCUGGACCGAACCAAACGGCAGGGGGCCUCGUUUAUUGGCAUCCUGGACAUCGCUGGAUUCGAAAUCUUCCAGUUAAACUCGUUUGAGCAGUUGUGUAUUAAUUACACUAACGAGAAGCUGCAGCAGCUGUUCAACCACACCAUGUUCAUCCUGGAGCAGGAGGAGUAUCAGCGCGAGGGCAUCGAGUGGAGCUUCAUCGACUUCGGCCUCGACCUGCAGCCCUGCAUCGAGCUCAUCGAGAGGCCGGCGAAUCCUCCGGGCGUUCUGGCUCUGCUGGAUGAGGAGUGCUGGUUCCCCAAAGCCACAGAUAAGACGUUUGUGGAUAAGCUGGUGCAGGAGCAGGGUUCUCACGGCAAGUUCCAGAAACCACGGCAGCUCAAGGACAAAGCCGACUUCUGCAUUAUACACUACGCUGGGAGGGUGGAUUAUAAAGCAGACGAGUGGCUGAUGAAGAACAUGGACCCUCUGAACGAUAACGUGGCGACACUGCUGCACCAGUCCACUGAUAAAUUUGUGGCAGAGCUUUGGAAAGACGUGGACCGUAUCGUUGGACUGGAUCAGGUGGCCGGAAUGAACGAAACUGCAUUCGGGGCGACGUAUAAAACGAAGAAGGGAAUGUUCCGGACCGUUGGCCAGCUUUACAAAGAGUCUCUGACCAAGCUGAUGGCCACGCUGAGGAACACCAACCCCAACUUUGUCCGCUGCAUCAUCCCCAACCACGAGAAGAGGGCGGGUAAACUGGAACCUCACCUAGUCCUGGAUCAGCUCAGAUGUAAUGGUGUGCUGGAGGGAAUCAGGAUCUGCAGACAGGGCUUCCCCAACCGCAUCAUCUUCCAGGAGUUCAGACAAAGAUAUGAGAUCCUCACCCCUAAUGCCAUCCCGAAGGGCUUCAUGGAUGGUAAACAGGCGUGUGAACGGAUGAUCCAGGCUCUUGAGUUGGAUCCGAAUUUGUACCGGAUCGGUCAGAGUAAGAUAUUUUUCCGGACCGGAGUUCUGGCUCACCUGGAGGAGGAGCGUGACCUGAAGAUCACAGACAUCAUUAUUUACUUCCAGGCCAUGUGUCGUGGAUACCUGGCUCGCAAAGCCUUUGCGAAGAAGCAGCAGCAGCUGAGUGCUCUGAAGGUUCUCCAGAGGAACUGUGCUGCUUACCUGAAACUGCGUCACUGGCAGUGGUGGAGACUCUUCACCAAGGUGAAGCCUCUGCUCCAGGUGACUCGUCAGGAGGAGGAAAUGCAGGCGAAGGAUGAGGAGCUGGUGAAGGUGAAGGAGAGACAGGUGAAGGUAGAGAAUGAACUGGUUGAAAUGGAGAGGAAGCACCAGCAGCUAAUGGAGGAGAAGAACAUCCUGGCGGAGCAGCUGCAGGCGGAGACGGAGCUGUUUGCCGAGGCGGAGGAGAUGAGAGCUCGGUUGGUGGCAAAGAAGCAGGAGUUGGAGGAGAUCCUACACGACCUGGAGUCCCGUGUGGAGGAGGAGGAGGAGCGCAACCAGACACUUCAGAAUGAGAAAAAGAAGAUGCAGUCGCACAUACAGGACCUAGAGGAGCAGUUGGAUGAAGAAGAAGCUGCUCGACAGAAGCUGCAGCUGGAGAAAGUAACCGCGGAGGCCAAAAUAAAAAAAAUGGAGGAGGAUCUGCUGCUCUUAGAGGACCAAAACUCAAAAUUCCUAAAGGAGAAGAAGCUGUUGGAGGAACGGGUGGGUGAGAUGACCUCUUUAUUAGCUGAGGAAGAAGAGAAGGCCAAGAACCUCGGCAAGGUGAAGAACAAGCAGGAAAUGAUGAUGGUCGACCUGGAAGAGCGUCUGAAGAAGGAGGAGAAGACUCGGCAGGAGCUGGAGAAGGCCAAGAGGAAGCUGGAUGGAGAGACGACAGAUCUGCAGGAACAAAUUGCUGAACUUCAGGCUCAGAUUGAUGAACUCAAGGUCCAACUGGCCAAAAAAGAGGAGGAACUUCAGGCUGUGCUGGCCAGAGGAGAUGAGGAAGUGGCCCAGAAGAACAAUGCUCUGAAGCAGGUGAGGGAGCUCCAGGCUCAGCUGGCCGAGCUUCAGGAGGAUCUGGAGUCGGAGAAAGCGGCUCGGAAUAAAGCGGAAAAGCUGAAGCGGGAUCUGAGCGAGGAGCUGGAGGCUCUGAAGACUGAACUGGAGGACACGCUGGACACCACAGCCGCUCAGCAGGAGCUCAGGACUAAGAGAGAACAGGAAGUGGCUGAGCUGAAGAAGGCGAUUGAUGAAGAAGCUCGAAAUCAUGAGUCUCAGAUUCAGGAGAUGAGACAGAGACAUGGUACAGCUCUGGAGGAACUCUCUGAACAACUGGAGCAGGCCAAGAGGUUUAAGCUGAACUUGGAGAAGAGUAAGCAGACUCUGGAGGGUGAUAAUAAGGAGCUGGGCAGUGAAGUGAAGGUGCUGCAGCAGGCCAAACUGGAAUCCGAGCACAGACGCAAAAAGCUGGAGGCGCAGCUGCAGGAGGUUCUCUCUCGAGUCACUGAAGGAGAGAGGAACAAAGGAGAACUGACCGAGCGUGCACACAAACUACAGACGGAGUUGGAGAACGUGUCUGCUCUAUUGGAGGAUGCUGAGAAAAAGGGCAUCAAACUAGCUAAAGAUGCAUCAAGUCUCGAGAGCCAGCUACAGGACACACAGGAAUUGCUCCAGGAGGAGACGCGUCAGAAGCUGAAUUUGAGCAGUCGGAUUAGACAGCUGGAGGAGGAGAAGAACAAUCUGCAGGAGCAGCAGGAGGAAGAGGAGGAGGCAAGGAAAAACUUGGAGAAACAACUGGCAACCCUGCAGGCUCAGCUGUGUGAGACAAAGAAGAAGCUGGAGGAUGAUGUGGGCACGGUGGAGGGUCUGGAGGAGGUGAAGCGGAAGCUGCAGAAGGACGUAGAGGCGUGUAACAUGCGGCUGGAAGAGAAGGUUCUGGCCUUUGAUAAACUGGAGAAAACGAAGACACGACUGCAGCAGGAGCUGGAUGACCUCACGGUCGACCUGGACCACCAGAGGCAGAUCGUCUCAAACCUGGAGAAGAAACAGAAAAAAUUCGACCAGAUGCUGGCGGAAGAGAAGAGUAUUUCAGCGCGUUAUGCAGAGGAGCGAGACCGUGCGGAAGCUGAGGCGAGGGAGAAGGAGACGAAGGCGCUGUCGUUGGCGCGAGCGCUGGAUGAAGCGCUCGAGGCGAAAGAGGAGUUUGAGCGACUGAACAAGCAGCUGCGUGCUGAGAUGGAGGAUCUGAUGAGCUCGAAGGAUGACGUGGGAAAAAAUGUGCAUGAGCUGGAGAAGUCGAAGCGCACCCUGGAGCAGCAGGUGGAGGAGAUGCGCACUCAGCUGGAGGAGCUGGAGGAUGAGCUGCAGGCCACUGAAGACGCCAAACUGCGCUUAGAAGUGAACAUGCAGGCCAUGAAGGCUCAGUUUGAACGCGACCUGCAGGCCAGAGACGAGCA